AUGAUGUUCACUCGCCUCCUCUCAAUCCCUAGCCUUAUUAUUCUCACCGCAAUCAUUCCCUCCACUGUGCUCUCCUCCCCCUUGGAACUGAAGCACCAGGAUGUAGCCGCCUCGUCAGUCCCCGUCGGUUCUCUGAUCACAGGCUGUACAGUGCCAGGCGCCAUAGCUCUAACCUUCGACGAUGGCCCAUCACACCACACCCCCGCCCUUCUUGAUAUCCUGUCAGAGUACGGGGUCCGCGCCACGUUCUUCGUGAAUGGAUACCAUCUCCAAGACAGCAGCCAUGCCGAGUAUCUGAAACGUGCCAAAGAAGAAGGCCAUCAUAUCGCCUCUCACACCUAUGAUCACCCCAAUCUGCCCUCCCUAGACUAUGACGGCGUUGUCGAACAGAUGGACCGGCUCGGAAAGGUAGUGAAGGAUAUCAUCGGCCUCUCUCCCACCUACAUGAGACCGCCGUUUCUGGAGGUCAACGACCAGGUGCUGGAGAUCCUGGCUGAUCUGGAAUACCGUGUGAUCUCAGCCAGCAUUGACACGAAGGACUACGAGAACAAUACGCCGGAGUUGAUUGGUAAAAGCUACGGGAGGUUUCUGGAGGAGUUGGAGGCUGGUGGCACGAUCGUUUUGUCACAUGAUACUCAACAGCAGACGGUGAAGUCACUGACCAGGUCUAUGUUGGAAGAGAUCAAGGCGAGAGGAUUGAAUGCUGUGUCUGUGGGCGAGUGCUUGGGUGAACCAGAGAGCUAUUGGUACUAUUAG